AACGAACUUCACUGCUUGAAAUCUUGAAUUGACGGAAUUGGAAUUUAUAACGGUUAAAUAAUAUUCAAAUUCAACUCAUAAAAUUUGUUCAAAAGUACACAUUUUCAUCGAAUUUCACGAAUUAUUUAAUUAAAGUACAAUGGAGUGCCCAGUUUGUAUGAAUUACUAUGAUGAUGAUGUUUACAGCACCUAUUGUGGCCAUCUAUUUUGCAAGCAAUGCGCAAAUCAAAUGAUUCAAAAGGCAUCUGGAGAUUGUUGGACAUGCCAUAGUCCAAUACAAGCCAAUUCUGUCCAUAAAAUCUAUCUUCCAGCACGAGUUGCAACACAACAAUCUGUUGAUUUAACUCAAGAUAGUCAAGAAUUGACAAAAGAGGAAAUUAUGAAAACGAUGUUGACUGAUCUGGAAAUUGAGUGUGAAAAGAACGUCCAGAAGUGUACUAAAUUAAAGGAAGCUGUUGACGUUUACGCUAUGAAUUAUGCGAACUUUGUGUCUUUGAACGAUGAAUUAAAACGGAAAAAUGAGAUUUUGGAAACCAAAUUAUUGAUUAUCCGAGAUAAACUUGAUCGAUGCGAGCAAAUUGUUGAUAACUUUGAUAGACAUGGACAUAAUACUCGCUCUAAAAGGAGAACAGCUAGAUCAGAUCGAGUUUAACUUUGGCAUUAUUCGCACUUAUUGCACAUUUUAUUACAAAAAUCAUCGAAUAUUAUGCAUUGUUUAAUAUUAUUAGAAGAAAUAAAGCAGUAAUUCUCUAGAUCUUAUGAUUAGUUUA